AUGGCUCCAUAUCUUGACCCAGUCAAUCAAGCGUUCGUCGAUGCUGGUGCCAAGGCGGGGGCGCCCCCGCUUCAAGAGCUCCAAUACGACGAGGCGAGAGCAGUACUCGAAGGAUUGCAGCAACAUGAUCCGUCUCGAGACGUGCUCCGCGAGGAACUUGAUGUGCCGGCUGGAGCCGGCGGGACUGUGAAGACUGUUCUCUUCAAGCCUGCGAAUGCUGACGCAGCGGUUCCGCUUGCUUUCUAUUUCCACGGCGGCGGAUGGAUCCUCGGCAGCCCAGGUACUCACGACAGCCUGGUGAGCGACUUGGUCCGCGAGGCCGGGUGCGCUGUUGCUUUUCCAUACUACACCCCGGCGCCCGAGGCUCAAUACCCGCAGCAGUUCGAUGAGGCUUAUGCCGUAGUCGAAUACUAUGUCAAAAAUGGUACCAAGCAUGGCCUGAAAACUGACAAGAUUGCCUUCGCUGGUGAUAGCGCAGGGGGGCACAUGGCCGUAGCUAUGUCUACACUGUCGGCUCAACGGAAUCUGCCUGCAACUGUCAGCUAUCAGGUCCUUUUCUAUCCUGUCGCGAAUGUACUCAAAGAAAGCGACACAUACGACACGUUCCAUGACGGCCCGUAUCUCAGCGCGCCUCUCCUGCGAUGGAUGAAGGACGCGUUCAUACCCAAGAACGACGACAGGUUGAGCAUUCUAGCAUCUCCUGUUCUAAUGGACAAGGAGCAAGCCGCCGCUCAGCCACCUACACUCAUCAUCACUGCGGCCGUCGACCCGCUGCUCAGAGAGGGCAAGGAGUUCGGGCAUCUGCUCCAACAGGCUGGCGUAGACGUGGCGAUUUUCGAGGCGGAUGGCCAGGUCCAUGAUUUUGCGAUGUUGGAGCCGGUCAGGAAGAGCGCAACGGCUGUUGCAAGUGUGGAGUUGGCGGCUUUGCGGAUCAAGAAGGCGCUUUCAUAG